AUGUCUGAUUGCUACUGCUGCUUAUGGCCUAUUGAGUUUGGUUGGGAGGACUUUCCAGUUCCAAUUGAUACCCCAGAAGGAUAUCCUGAUCCGCCUAAGAACAUUUUGUUUCCAGCUUGCUACAAAAGAUGCAAUACCAGAUACGUUCGAACUACCACAUUUUGCUCAUUCUGCUUCAUUCCAUGCACAUGCUGUGACUGUGGAUCAGAGGAGCCAAGCGUAGCCUGUGAAAAGUGCCUAUCAAUUUAUACGAAUGUUUCAUUCAUAAAUUGCAAGGAAUGCAAUCACGCUAUGACAGUCAGUGAGAGAUAUUGCACCAAUUGUGGAUCACAAAAUGAUAGAUACGGUGGGUACAAGAAGCAGGUGGUUGAUGAUCAGAAUUUGGUAUUGGCAUCAGAGUAUAAAAUCAGAAAGAGGAAGGAAAAAGAAGAAAAAGAAAAGAAAGAAAAGAAUAAAUGA